AUGGAUGUUGUAUUGUGUGCUCUCUCCAGAGAAGGAGAACUAACCCGCCGUCGCGCGACGAGAAAUCACCCCUUCAUACUGUAUUUACACAUUAUAGUUUAUUCCACAGGUAAUGCUGGUACAUACGACCAUAGGGUGUGGAGAACAGGGCUUCCCGUCCGCUCAGCCGUACUUAAGCCACACGCCGGAAACUUCUCUUGCCGCCCUAGUCCUCAGGUCCUUCACCUCAAUGGCCCGAUCAAGACUAUUUUGCACUUGAAUAUCCUGCAUAGCCCUGAAGCGCCGAUGUGGCCUCCUCCAAUGAUGUUCGUCAAUAAUAGGCCCGGGACGGGUGCAACCUUAAUCCGAGCUAUCCAUCCCGUUCACCCCUCUUUCCCCUUUCGGGCCACAAAUCCCUAUCAAUGCACGCAUAGCGAUAGCAGUCAAACCAGGAAAGAAUUAUAA